AUGGCUGAAAUCGAUUCAGAUUGGUCGUCCGAUUCAAAUGAGGCCAUAUAUAUCUCUCUUGUCACCCCAAGCGCCGAAGGCAUAACCUCACUUCACACCUUCAAUCCAAAAUUCACAUAUCCCAUAUUCGGGGAAGAGGAAUCAAUAUUUGGAUAUCAGGGAUUGAGAAUCAACUUGAAAUAUAAUGCCUGUGAUAUGCGACCUGGCCUACAAAUUACCUACAACAAGAAAUUUAAAGCAGUCGGUGAUAUAGAACCAACAGACCUGAAGGCAGUGCUGGAACCAUUCUUACCAAAGACUGCUUUUGAAAAAUCAAGUGUUUUUGAAUCGCAUAUUUCAGCUACCCCAGCAGAUUGGCAUCCACCAGGAGAACUCUUUCGCACAAUUGAGGUCGGUGGAGAAAUUUUUGAAAUAUGGAAAGGCAAUCUCUCGGAUCCGGUCAUUCAACAAACCAUCAAGCGGGUGCAAACUCUAGUCCCAUUGUUUAUUGAAGGAGGAACAUUACUUGAUCUUGAUGAAUCAGAAGAUGAUCUUGGACGUUGGACAGUAUUCUUCUUGUACCACAAGAAGCCAGCCGCAGCCUCAUUUUUUGAGAAAUCAUCAUCCUACAUAUUCAUGGGCUUUUGUACCGUUUAUCGCUAUUUCGUAUAUACGCCCGCUACUCCUCCACAAUCCCCCAAUGGCGACAAAAUAGCUCCCGAGUUCACAAUCCCUGUUGAUGGUGUAUCGUUUAACACUCUUCCAUGUCGUUCAAGAAUAUCGCAAUUUCUCAUUCUACCCCCUUUCCAAAGCGGGGGCAAAGGAUCACUAUUUUACAACGCCGUAUUCGAUUACUUAUCUAGUGACCCAUAUACAAGAGAAAUCACAGUGGAGGACCCGAAUGAAGCAUUUGAUGAUUUAAGAGACAUCAACGAUCUAGGUCGUUUACUCAAAGACGAACGUUUCCUCAAAUUAAAACUAGACUCAAAGGUGAAAAUUAACUCUAAAGGUCCAGCACCAGCCAAACUCUUUGAUACCGAUGCAUACGAGAAGCUUCGAGUCCAAUCAAAAAUCGCCCCUCGCCAAUUCGCUCGUCUUCAUGAAAUGUAUCUUCUAUCUAUAAUCCCCCCAUCCGCCAAAGCAGCCCUUUUGCGCGACAUGGGAAAACCACAAAAGUCUCUCCCGCCUCCCAAAAAAGAGGAUGAACACAUGUAUUAUCUCUGGCAACUCCUCGUGAAACAACGUCUCUAUCGUCACAACAAAGAUGCAUUAGCGCAAUUUGAUCGCGGAGAAAGAAUCGAUAAAUUGAACGAAGCUUUAAUGGGCGUAGAGGCUGAUUAUGGAAGGUUGAUUGAGAUGGUUGAGGAGAGAAUUGAGAUGGAUAAAUCGACUGUUAUUGGAAAGGGGAAGGGAAAGAAUGUGGCUAAUGGAAAUGGAAAGAGGGCUGCUGAUGAUGAGGAUGAUGAGGAUGAAGAAGAUGAUGAAAGUGAGGAGCCUUUGGCUAAGAGGUUGAAGUUUGCUUCUUGA